GGGUUGUGUUUGAGCUUUGGAGUGCCGGUCUAUCUUUCUCAGGUUUACAGUCUUGAGUUUUGCUUGCUUUAUCCUCUGUAUAGUAAAAACACGCUUUUAUUUUGAAAUGAUGUAUGUGCUUCUUCCAGUGGUUUGUAAGUUGAAUGAUGACAGUAAAAAGAAAGGUUAGAAAGUGUAAUGUAUCAAAGAGGCUCAAGCUUGUACAUCAUUUUUGGAUUCAGUAUAAAUCGUGUUUUUAAACUAUCUGAACAUUUUUCUGAGGCCAGCUAAUGCUGCUUCUUCUUCAUCUCCAUAUUAUGGUGGGUGGCAACCAGUACAAAGAGUCAGGACCCUUCUCUACUAUGGGCCAAUUUCUUCCACUUUAUGCUUAAUUUUGCUGGACUUUAGCCUCUUGGUGCUUGAAUUUGCAUUAAAACAAUAUGUAUCACAAAAAAAAUAAUAAUGCCAUACAAGACUUUCUUUUCAACCUGCCAAAAAUUUGGGGGUAAAAACGGUAACCCAGAUGGAUUAUCUUGCUAAAUCUUUUGAGAGGAAAAAGCUUAGGCCGCCACAAAAAAAGAGAUCAACGGAUGUCUUUCUGUCUUUGUGGCCUCUCAGGGCUUCCGUAGAAACGGCCACAUUUACUCACAUGAAUUGUACUCCUGUCGUAAAAAGAACAGACAGAAAUGACAAACACACAGUAAGUGGACUAAUGCCUGUUCAUCUCUGUGAUCACAGCAGACUGUACAUCACUUUAGUCACUAGUAGUUAGAUUUUCCAGAGCAGCAUGUACUGAACCACUCAGUUUUUUAUAAUCUUGUCUGUAAUAUAUAAAUUUAGCACACCUCUCACAGACACACAGACCACUCAAUCAGCUAUUAGUAUUAUUACAAGUUUCUUAUUAGGGCUGCGGGGCAACUCCUGACUCUGAUAUGAAUUAAUAUAGGCUUAUAAAAAUACAACAAGCAUACCUACAGUACGUCCUGCUGCUCUUCCCUGGUAAAAGGUGUUUCAUACAACUAGAUACUGGUGUACGUAUAUACACUAUGAUAUUUAAUAGUGACUCCUAAUUUGCAUAUUCUUCAUUUAGAUGUAAUAAACAUUUAUAUAUUGAAGUGAUGAUUGUUUUUAUUUGUGGAUUAAUACAAAUCUUUUAGUUUUACCCAUUUCAGUUCAGAGUGUUGUUUUUAUUAGAGCACAGGAUUUAUUGGUAUACAUACAAAGAUAGAUAAAUACAAUUCAUGACAGUACAUUCAGUGGAAAAUGAAUUGCAGUAAUACAGUACAAACAGCAGAGGAGCCAUUUGGCUUUUUAAUUCAUGUUACAGAUCAAGCCCCCCUACCCAAAAGAGUCACACCUUUCUUCUCAUGCUCACUGUGGAAAGAAGACAUGCUUACACCUGGAUUUUCUCCCCACUCACCUUGAAUUAUUGCAACUCCAAACCACCCAAAUUGUUUUAAGAAAAUCUAUUCCUUAAACUCACGUCUCUGCAGCACACCUAAACCUCUGUUUAUCUCAUAUGUUAAGACUCUCCCCCUCAUACAAGAACAAACUCGAGUGCUCUUACCUCAUCUUUUGCAUGGAACGCAACCUGUUACAGAAAAACCAACAGGCAUGUUAGUUUUCUGACAAACCAGAGGUCUUUUAUGACUACGGGAUUUGAAUUUUCUGCACUUUAAGCACUUUAUUCAUAUUAAUCUCUCAAAUCUAGACAACAACAUGAAACAUGUAUUUUUCCACAGACAAACCAAUGAUGACCCAGCACUUACUUAAGGAUGAAGACAUACUUCUUCUUCUUGUAUCCCAUUGUAGGAUCAAAUGAGCAGAUACUGAGGUCAACUGAAGGCUCCUCGUUGUACGUUGUGGUGUGGUUUCUAGCAUCCUUGUAGAAAGUCAGUUUCCCGUCUUUCAGCACACAGUACAUUUAGGCCACUCCUUGCUUCUCCCCCAGACAUAGAUGUGCAAGACUAAGAAAUGCAGUUGUGCCAUCUACAGAAAUCUCCUGAACAUGCUCACCAGGUUUUACUUCUUCUAUCACAAGAGGAUCCACGUUCAGAGUGGAAGUCACAGUCCUGCAGCCGAUUUGUGAUUGCUGGUCUCCCCUGCUGCAGCUCCUCAAACUCCUGUGCCUGUGCAGUAGCCAAGCUCCCUGUAAACCUGUUUUAGAACAAAAACAAUAUGUUGAAAAAGAAAAAAAAGAAAACACAAAUACCAACCAUAACAAUACCAGCAUUCCUUUGCAUGAAAUAGUUGCAUAGCCAGAAAGAGGCUUUGGGUGUAGUCUCGGUCAGAAAAACAGGGUGUGCCACCUUAAAGUUCUUUACAACCAGUCCCUGCCCAAGGAUAGAAUAACUUAACAGGCUUUUGAUUUAUUAAAUUAACAUUGUUUUUUAUGAAGCAGGUUGAUUGGUUACCAAAAUGGAUGCCUUUAGUCAAAUAUCAAUACAGCAAAUCAUAGUAAGGCUAUAAAUGUGUUUGUAGGUUUCCAGAGCCUUUGUGAUCAUAAUAACAAAACUGGAAAUUGAGAGGCUCCCUGAAAGUAGAACUUACGGUAGAAAUGUUGUAUUUAAUUGCAUUAAAUUGCCAAAGUGUUCACAAUGUUACGGCUGGGCAUGGAUUCUGCAGUAGGGGAGAGUGGGGUAAGUUGAGCCAAAGGGUAAGCCUCAACUUACCCCAUACAUGGGGUAAGUUGAGCAUGGGAGACCACUUUUUUUUGGCAUGCUAUACACUCAUUCUGUUGGUUUGCAGGGAUGCACAACAUCUUAAAAUAUAUGCAGAUACACUAGUUAGAGACAAAACUAUGAUUGCCUUGAUGUAGUGAUCCGAAAUAUGAAAAAUGGCUCAUCUUACCCCACUCUCCUCUACAUCCAAAGACAGACUGCUAUCACAGCACAGCCCAGAGGAUGUCAGCAAUGCAUCAAUGGGGCUACCGGCCGUUGUUAACGCUCAGCGAAGAAGAAAGUGCCUGAGCAGCACCAGAAAGCGACGUAGAAGAAGAAUGACGAGAAUGCUAAACGGAAAAUAGAGAGGACGGAGUACCGCUUUGUGACCGUAGAAAUAACGCUGUUACCUCAAAAUAUCACCUUUGAGCAUAGCUGCAUUAUAUCUUCUAAACAAUGACAGAGCCCCAGUCAGCGCUGUUACUCAGGAGACAGCUUGCAGGUAAUUGAAACAUGAACGGAUGCCGAGCAAAGGACGGCUGUUUGUCGUCGCCGUUAGCCGCGAUUCAAAGUGUUUUCUUGAACCUUCCGCACAAACGUUAAUGUCCCUGGACAAAACAUUGCGUUCAGAUUAUAACACUGAUAAAAGGAGCGUCUUAAGGGAGCUGACAGAUCAGUCAGUUUAGAUAAUUUGAUGUUACAGUCAGAUUUGUGCUGAAAGCUGCUGUCAGAAGUCUGAGGGACUUUGUAUUGUGGAGCAGUUAGCAGUUAGCGAGCGAUAGCCUCCAUCCGCUCCGAUCUGUUUACAAACGCUAGAACCGACUCAACAAGAUGCGUCUCGUUAUUUUUACAGUGUUUUAUCUGCUUUUGAAACCAGCAUGAUGCUUUUCACUAUAUUUAUGCAUAUAUUUAUGUAAUGUUGCAGUAGUUGACAUAUUUUUUCCUCGCUAAUGGAACUGGAUUGUUAACAUAUUUAACAGACUGGCUUGUAUCUGUGUGCAGGAGUCCGCCGCUGUCACUGUUGUUAGCUAAAACUGUCCAAGCUAACUCAUGUUCAUCUCGCCUUUUCUCUGCAGUUUCCUCAGAAUUUGAGUCAGCCUUCCUGAUACCAGACACUUUUCUAAAGCCUCCAAAUCAAACCCCUUAUGGUUUCUGUCGCAGAUAUGUUUGAUAUCAUGACUUGGUUUGUUUGCAUUUCAACUUCAUGUUCAAUCUGUCAGGGACAUGAUGUACUGAUUUGUAGUUUUCCAGAUAUUACCCUUUGGAGAUUGGUGACUGAUCCGGACCUUAUGAGUUAUUUUGUAAGAUUUAGUAAAAUAAUUAAACUCAUGACAUUUUUUGAUAAAUAAUAACAACUUUUUUAUUGUCAAUCAGUCAAUCACUGUUUAUAUAUGGAUAACUUCAAUUUGCAACAAUGUUAUCUUAAGACACACCACAAAAAGAGCAAGUCUAUCUCGUCUAGACUGUACUCUUUGCUGUGGAGGUAGACCGAUUCACCGGUGAGGCUGGCUGAUGGCAUUUUGCAGUAAUCGGCAUGGGCCGGUGUCUGCUCUCAGGAAGCCGUUUUGAUAAACAAACAAAUAGUGUCUGCUGACUCUGCAGGCAGCUUUGUUAGUGUGGCUACUUAAAGAAAAUUUCCUCUGAAAUUGAUAUGUUUUUCUUAUUCUUCAACAAAUCUAAAACAGUAACUGUUCAAUAGUUAUUACAACUUUUGAAAUAUGCUGUUUGUUGUUGGUUUUUGCAAUAUCAUCAGUAAUAUACUGAAAUCUAAAGCAUAAAUCAGUUUAUUCUUCUAUUCCUUGAAUUAAUUUGAAGUCUACAGGGUCAGAUAACCAUGUAUAUAAAAUUUUAAUGAGCAGAGGUUUUACUGUUGUUAAAUUGUUUUAUCAAAAGCAAAACAAACAACAAUAACUACAUGAUAUUGGCAUUUAUUGUCCAACCUGCCUUUUAAUUAACAGCAUUGAUGUUGACCAGCCACUACAUAUUUUGUACAGACCCAACUUCAAGACGUGAUAACAUUCAGUAUUACCUUAUCUUGAUCUACUAUGAACAGAGAACAAACUGGGAAAAACACUUCCCUUCAUCAGACAGAAACCUAAAGCAAAGGUGAACAGCCAUCAGCUGUCAAAUACCAGUAAUCACAGUAGAAGUAUGUGUACUGUUUAGAGGAACAGCAAAUUAGUGGCAAUAGACUGUUCUUAAUGUUUAUGGCAGUUCAAGUCAAUGGCUCUACUGUUAGCUAGGGGUGUCCCGAUAUAUCUUUUUUUUUUUUUUUUACCCCCGAUACGAUACCGAUAUUGCAGCCUUCAAUAUUGGUCGAUACCGAUAUUGAUCUGAUAUUAGCACAGACUUGUGCAUGACAAGUUUUGCACUCAGCUACAGUGUCUUUUUCAGACUUUAAUGAAAAACACUGCCACAGGGCCAACACUCCUUCUUGGUACUUUGAUACACACUGUUGUUGUGAUUACAUGGGCUCUACAUGAUGGAUCUGGGUGCUGCUAGAUAGAGGUACUGGAGCGGAGUCUGGAAUGGACUGCCUGUAUCUGAGUGCUGAUUUCUGAGAUUUUAGAUGGAGGCCGAUAUGAUCCGAUAUUCCAUUUUUUGCUGAUAUCAGACCAGUAUUGUGUGGGGACACCCCUACUGUUAGUAUUUCUAGAAAUUAUGGUGAUAACAGGGAUAUGAACGGUAAUAUUGACUGUUGCAGUUGGAGUAAAGUUGACUUAGGACUAACAUUAGCUGAUAACGGUGAUAAUAACAGUGAGGUUGUCAUCAAUGGUUGUGGUGGUAGGAAACAAGCAGGUCAACAGCGACAUACCUUUCUCAGCAAUAAUCCAGAAGAACCUACGAAACAAGGGGGAUCAGGGACCUCCAGAGAGAUGUGUGUUUAGCUAAAUAAAGAUUUAAAGUUAGUGACAUGCAGGCGGAGAAGAGAGGGAGGGAAAAGACGAGCUAAACAUGCCAGUCCUCCUGUCAGUUAUGUAGAGAAGAAGCCCAAAGUGCUUCAAAAAACAAGAUCAGUGACACAAUAAUGUUUUCCCUACUUGGGCUCACAAGGGCGGGCAGCUGCAACUUAUCCCAGCUGACCAAAUGACAAACAUUUGAAUGAAAAUAUGAAUACUUGGGAAACAGUCAACACAGCAGUAGCCAAAAAAGUUAGAAAAAAGUGAAAACAAACAAACAAAAAGAUUCUUGUUAAAACAGGUUGUUAGUCAAAUAAACAAAAUGGCUUUUUAAUUUCCUUUUAAAAAUUAUGUAAAAGAAAAAAACUUUGAUUCCCUGACUCACGGGGGAGAUGAUCCACAAGCCACAAGCAAACUUUCUAAAAAGGAAGUCUGCAGAACAUUUAAGGAGGAGACAUAAAUAGAAAGGCACUUAGUGAUUUAGGAGGAGGGUAUAAAAUUAUCUAAACCUUUUGUAGUUGAGUAGGAGAACUCUCUAAUUCAAAGAGAAGUAAAUUGGGGAGUCAGUAUGAGCAGAGGCAUAGUGUGAUAUGUUUUCCUUGAAAAAUUCUGGUGUUGUAAAUAAAUAUUUCCUGAGGAUCAGCUCUUGGAAUGUCAAGCGAUCACUUCAGAGUGUCAGUAUCGCUUCUAGCACUGAAUCAGCUGUUGUGAAACAUACUCUUAAAUAAAUGUGAAGAAAGCUAGAAUAGUGGUUGUUGCUGUUCUGAAGGAUUCUGCAUUAGCACUGCUCUGCUGCAGGAUCAGAGCACACUUCUAAGUUUAUAGCUUUAGUAAACUGGAUCUGCAUCAGUAUACACUUACGUUUAGAGAGGUUUUUGGAGAUCUCCUACAACCCAAAUUCCAGGACUCUUCAAAAUGUAAAUAAAUAGAUAAUGAAGAUUUGACAUUCUUCUUGGCAAAUAUCUAAAAGCAAGUUCAAAGAAAUAUUUCCUACUCAAAGUGGUAAGCAGUUUUUUUUAUUGUGUGCUCUCAUUAUGAAUUUGAUAAAAUACUUUUUAUCUGUUCAGUACCCACACUGGUAUAGAAUCAGUGGCGCACUAAGUUAGAGCCAGACAGUGAAAAUUAUUGCUAUAGUGCCAGAUGUUGACCUUCAUUGUCAGUAUGCAAAUGUGAUCCAUGUCACGUUCAAGAAUGAAGGUGUCAUAUAAAUGUGAAGUGCUUUUGGUGUGGCAAAAUAUAUGGGGAUAUCACUCAACACAGGGCUUCUCCAAAUAUGUUCAAACUCAAAUAAAACAACAACUCUCCCCUGAGAGACACAGUGAAGGCGGGUUUCCUCUUGAUUUUUUGAAUCGACUAAUUUUUUGUCUUUCCUCUGCCACAGUAUUGUAAUUUACUACUAAUGAGCAAUCCUCAUACACAUGAACAGCACCAAAGUAAAUGAGGUCAUCCUUGAGUUGUUGUGGGAUUUGAUUUUGAAGAGUGUUGUGUUUACGGCAUUCCAACACCACAUCUGCAAGUGUUUAAGUAGUUUACUACUCAUUUUAUUAAUGCCUAUGUUUUUUUUUCCUUUUAAAUAAUUAUAUAAUUAAAUAUAGAGAAUAGCAGUGUGAUUCAGUAGGUGUGGUUGGCUCAGGGUUUUUAUUUAUUUAUUUAUUUAGCUCUAUGUUGCUCUUAUUUGGGCCCCAUGCAAACCCUCCUGAGACAUAAAUAUACAAUGAGUAAUAACAUUUUCCUUUUUUCUUGACACCUAGAGCUGAACAAAAACCCAGUGGAGGGAUUCUCAGCAGGCCUGAUAGAGGACAACGAUCUCUACAGAUGGGAAGUCCUCAUCAUCGGGCCUCCAGACACACUGUAGUGAGUCUGUCUCUGUUGCAUUCUUGAAAUAUGAUGGGGCGAACUAUGUUUUCCUCUGAACUUCAUCGCUGGCAUGAUUUAUGAGAUAUUGUAGUGUUUAUUUUGUUGUCCUGAUUACCUCUGUUCACAGUGAAGGGGGUGUGUUUAAAGCUCAUCUGACAUUUCCCAAAGACUACCCCCUCAGGCCACCCAAGAUGAAAUUCAUCACAGAUAUUUGGCACCCUAAUGGUAGGUACAGGUUCAGAACACUCUGAAUGAUUUUUGUCUCUAUAUGGAAGUGGUUACAUAUCUUCUGAAGAAGUAAAUACACCCUAGUGUAGAGGAACUCUUUUCCAAAUCAAGGUUGUAGGGGUCUAGCUGAUUUAAGAAACAUACAGAGAAGUACUUUUGAGAAGUUUGUGUUGGUUGGAUAAAAUACACAUUUGUUAUGUAUAUCAGUGUGUUACAAGUCUUUUAUGUUACAUGCACGUUAGAAUAUGUUUGACUAGUUUUCCUUUUAAUUUUGGUCAAAAGAAUUCCAAAUUGUGUUGUGUCGGUACAUUUUUAUUUACUGAUAUUCUUGAACAAGCUGUAACACAACUCAGCAAAACGUGCUUUUAGCUAAGUGAACUAGUUCCUAGACUCUGCUCAAUUAAUUAUAGAUUUCAGUCCUUGUUAUUCAGAUGUUUAUCCUUUCUAGUGAAUAUGAGAGGACUUAAAAAUUGCUGUCAUGUCCAGCUCCCUUCUCAGCACUGUCCCUGUUCAGAACUAAAGAAUUGGAAGCAGUUUACACAGAACCAUCCACAGUCUGUAGGCUCAAGGUGGCAACAGCUGGCAAAGGUGCCUUUGCUAAACACUGAUGCAAAGUGGAGCCAGAUAUCAGUUUGGUCGUUUAUUGUCCAAGUGUUAAUGAGUAUGAGAACAUUUACACUUAAACUACAGAAAUAGAAGAAUAAAUGUCCUUUACUGUUUUUUUUUUUCAGUUGACAAGAAUGGAGAUGUAUGUAUCUCUAUUUUACACGAGCCUGGGGAGGACAAGUACGGCUAUGAGAAACCAGAGGAGCGCUGGCUGCCUAUCCACACGGUGGAAACCAUCAUGAUUAGUGUUAUCUCUAUGCUUGCAGACCCAAAUGGGGACUCACCGGCCAAUGUGGAUGCAGCGGUGAGGCUUAUUAAAAAAGUUUUGCUCUAAAAUGGCAUUUAGGUUGAGCGGAUGCAUUCCCUGUAGUAUAACAAUAAUGGCCAUACCAUUUUUGUCUUACUUAUACCACGAAUUUGAGAUUAUUCAAAAAGGAGAACUUCUGUUACAGCUCAAACUGUUUCUGUAUGACAUUUUUCUCAUAAAUGAGUUAAAUCAGGUCUUAAUCUGCAUUGAUGGAAAUGAAACAAUGAAAAGCAUUAUUUGACACAUUAAAAAGUUUUAGCAAAAUUGAAGUGAAUUCUCUGUUUACCUCUUUUCCCUCUGCAGAAAGAAUGGAGGGAGGACAGACAUGGAGCAUUCAAAAGGAAAGUGGCCAGAUGUGUACGAAAAAGCCAAGAGACUGCGUUCGAGUGAUAUUUAGCACCGAUCUAGCUUCAUGUUUUCAGGGUUAGUAUUUCUGACUUCAGCACUUAUAAAACCUGAACAUACAGUUUUUAUACUCUGUUGCCAUUCUGGAGGACACACUUCAGCAAAAGUAAAGCAGGGUGUUACAACAGCUCUCAAGUAAAACCUGCUAUCAUUAUGAUUCCAUUGUUGACAAUUUUGCAGACUUGAUGUGAUCAGCUUGAAGUUUGUGACGCUGCUGAACUUAGAGAAGUGUCUUUUUUUUCAACCUCAUUUAUAUCACUGAGUUGGAGCUUAAUAACAGGUACUCACUUACACUUUGCAGAGACCCCCAAAAAUUAUACCGUCUAAAAUUGUCAUCAAGUUCAAAUAACAAUUUUCUACAAGAGUAAAAUACUGAGUAUUGUAACUCUAUGGGCAGCCCUGUUGUUUUGGGACUUAUUAGUUUGAAAGUGAUCCUAAUAAACUGACAGCUAAGUGCAUUUACAGGUUUAUGUAUUACCCCAGUUUCUGCACCAGUGCUUAGAUUUAAGUUGUUCGAGUACAAGAAUUUUGAACUUGAAUGCAAUACUGAAAUCAAACAACAUCAGUACUUGUUCCAAUACCACAGCCAAGAAAUGAUUCAUAAAAUAAUGUAAAAUAAGCAAAUUAUUCAUUAUUUUGCCAUUUUGGCAUGUGAGACCUGCAUGCAACUCAUGGGAAAAAAUAGACGAGCCUUGUAUUCUUUAGGUUUUAGGCACGAGACAAGCUUGAGAUUGACAUGAGCCACUCUACCAUUCAGUCUCUGGACAUGGAUGCUGAAAUGAAAGUCAAGCUGUACUGGAGCAAUCAUGUUUGUUUGAAGCAGCUGUCAUUCUGUGCUAAUUUUGUGGAUGUAAAUCAUUGUGCAGUGCUUUGAAGCUCCGUGUCAACAGUCCAAAGGUUUACUAACCUGUGAAUUAGAAGAAUUAAUGGUGUUGGGGCUGUGACGGAGGGCGGAGCAGAGUGGCAUACAGUAGGCAGGCAGGAAGAGGUGUGACUCCAGAAGCAAAAUAAGCUGAUUUUUUUAUGUGGAACAGUGAGAUAAUAAUGUAUUGAUUUCACUACCCCCCGCCUGCCCAUCUACAAUGAGUCAUAAAAAGUAACCGAUAAUGUGUUGUUCUAAUGCAUGUGGUAUUGAAAACGGUCAAUGUAUGGAAACCUUACUUUAAAAGUGAAUGUAUCGCAGUUAUCACCUCUUUCACAUUGUUUAGGAAUCCUUACAUAUUAUUCAGGUCUAUACAAAGCUAACCUCUGUUGCUAUUACUGAGUUUGCCCAUUUCUAUGUAGAUUUUUCUCAUGCAGGUAGGGAAUUGAGGUUAAUUUAACACUUUUCUUAUUUCUACACUGUGAUUGUUCUUGUUUUCAUUGGAGAGUGUUUUGUCAUUAAGUUGAUAUUUAGUUGAUUUCAGGACAAGAUAUUUAUUCUGAGUGCUAAGAUGACACUCUACCUUGGUUAAAAUAAAAGCCUCAAAUUGUCAUCAAAUCAUUGUUGCAACUCAACAGAUGUUUAACUGGCUUGUUUAGUAACUAUGUAAAAUAAUGUCUGAAUAGCUGUAGACCAUACAACUUUAUUUUGAAUUGUACACACAUCCAGCUGGUCUGACCUGCUGCAGAUCUUAAGUUUUCCUGUUUUCUAAUUUCAUAUUUUUGCCUGCUGUUGACUUAUUCCACUUGUGUGAUUGUUCACACUGCUUUUUACUCUGUGGCAAUUUGUCUCUCCCACAGGUCUCCAAUUGAAAAUCAACACGGCACUGUUUCCUGCACUCUUCCACCCUGUCGUCAGCCUUUUUUUAUCCUGGCAGGAACAGACUGGCUACUGUAGGCUGCAAUAGAGCAUCACAGUGACUACCACGGCUGACAGAAAAACCCGCCAAGAAAGUGCCAACUCCAAAAACAUGAAAAAACCCAGAGGAUGACAGAAACAUUUUUCAAGUCUGUGAACUGCUUCAAUAUUCAGGAAGAUAUUGUAAAGACAUGUUAAUAGAACAGACUAAACUGGAUAAUAUAUAAACUCCCUUUCCAUCCAUCAGGACACUUAGACCAAAUGAAUAGAGCUGUUCCAGAUAGAUUUAUUUUUGUUCUUUCCCCCUUUCUCAGCUCCAGCAUGCAUUGGUUCUCUUUAGUUUCUUUUAAUAGGGGGUCUGUAGAAUGAGGAUGUUUUCCAAGGAACGUCAGCGGUGAAGAGCUUGAUUGAUUCAAGCCAAACGUGACCUGACUGAGGAAGUUUUUUUUUUUUUUUCUCUUUUUUUUUUCUGGAGGAAUACCGCCAUAUUAGAAAACACCAAUGUUCUUAUGGGUUCUCAAACACUCGUGGAACUCAACAUCAAAUGUUCCUCAACUAAUUUUUCGUGAUACGUCUCACCAUCCUGCUCUGCUGACUUAAAGAAAGGCAUAUUUCCCCAUCUUUUUCUUUUUUGCAUGUCAAACUUUGUUCAUCUUUUUUCAAAAGUGCCUCCUAAUAAAUGCUAGGCCACUUCACCCUGCAUUGAACAAUGUUAAAAAUGUUGAAAAAAGGAUAGAGACAUGUGUACCACAAGUGUAUAAAUUUAUUUAAUAGCGAGUACACAGGGAAUCUGUAUAAUUAGGGUAUUGGUAAUAAUUUGGUGUAGCAAUAACUCCUCUAGUAUUAAGUGUACACAAAUUAAUUUUUGAUAUCCUGAGACAGUUUGAGGUCCUCUUCUGAUUUUAUUUUAGCAGCCUCUUUCCUGGUCUGUGUUGUUCUCAGUAGGAAUUGUUAUGCAUGCUUUAUUGUACCUUUUUUGUCUUUCUCCCUUUUUUUUGCAGGAUGUUUCUGGGUUUUGUUUGCGAAUGUUUGAGUGUUUGUUUUCGUCACCCUCCUUCUCCCUGGUCCAUAUUCCCAUCACUAUUCUGUUCACUGAACUAUUGCAGAUUUGCCUAAUGUACAAAGACAAAAUACUGAUGUAUAUUUUUCAUUUUAUGAAUCCUGUUACCUGUUGUGAGUUCUUCUAAAAUAUGACAUUUUUCAAUAUUUACUGGCGUAUUUAAUUCAGCCGUGUUUGUGGUACAACAUGAACAACAGCGUGCCCAUGAGAAAGACAGCUAAAACCUGUUCUUUUCACUAGUUAUAUCAAAAAUAUGAAUCAAGUAUUAAACAUAAGUAGGAAAUUCAGAGAAAAAAAUGAAUUUAUAAGAUUAUCCAUUUUUUAUAGAUACCUUUUCAAACCACUGUAUUUUGUUCCAAUACUUUGCACAAGAAUAGUAGAUCACAGAUUGAAGUGUUAAUUGCUACUGCCGAAAGCACAAGUGUUUGUCAAUUGUUUCAAUUCACAGCCCUCUGUGAAGGUCAGAGCCACUAAAUAAAACUAAUACACACGAA